GUCCCUCUCCCAAAUCCAUUUCUUCAAUCCGUCUGCGGUUAUCCAUAGCCAAUUGGCCCAUAACGGCUAACCCUAUCUGUCGGCCAUCGCCAAUUCGCCAUCUUGAUUUGCGCAUCGCUCCUUGGCGUGAGCCAGAUGUGGUCGAAUAAAAGAAAUUGGUCGUGUACGAGUAGGGGUUGCGGAGGAGGGCCUUUGGAGAAGCUUCCUCUUGAGCUUAUUGGAGAGAUAUUGUCUCGUGUAAGAGUUGCAGGAUUUGUCAUUAGAGCUUCUCUAACUUGUAAGAAGUGGCGAGAGGCUUAUCUCAAACACCUUCAUACACUUUCCUUUGCUUCUCUCGAUGAUUAUCGUGUCUAUACGCAGCUUCCCACUAGUGAACUGGAAAUGUUAAUCACAAAGACCAUACUUCAGUCACCCGGUUUGCGAACAUUAUGGAUUAAAAUGAAUAUGGAGCACGAGUUUUCGGCUGUUUCAGUUUUGGGUUGGUUGAUGUUUGCCAGAGAAAAUUUGUCCGAAUUGUUCUAUAUGGUUAGAACUUCUCCCAGCAUCAAUGUUCUUAAUGUAUGUGGGAGGCGGAAAUUGGAAACAUUGAGUUUAUGCCAUUACACGAUAAGAGGGGUUGAACUGAAUUUCCAAAGGCUCCCCUCUUUGACAUCACUUUCUCUACGUUGUGUCCGUUCUUCGGUAGAGGAUCUAAACAGACUUCUUUUGUCUCUUCCCAAACUCGAGUCUUUAGUACUAUGUUCACCCAUCCUAGGAGAUUCAGAUGAGGUUGAUUUGCCAGAAAUUACAGUCAAAUUGUGUGGUCUCACAUUAAAGACCCUAAUAAUUGAGCUUCUUGAUGGACGUGAGUUCCUUUUGGAGAAGUGUGAUAUUGGGUUUCUGCGUGUGUACGAAUGUAAUUUUGGUUCAUUUCAGGUCACUGGCAGUAAAAGUUUGAGACACUUCAAAUUUUCCUCUACUCACAGUCAACUUCUUGAAAUUGAAGAGGGAGACAAUCUAGAGAUUUUAGAAAUCAUUGACAGUUGCAUAUCUCAGUCAAAUCUGUUCCCAAUGAAGAUACAAGCACCAAAGUUGAAAACAUUUCGAAUUUGGGAGUUCGACAACAAACCGUCCAUGUCUUUUGGAAUAGCUGUUGGCGGGUCAAGGCUAGUUGUGGAUUUAAAACAAGUUGCUGUUUGUUCGCCUCAACUUAGCCAUCUUGCCCUAUUUUGUCCUUACGCGCUUUGUGACAUUGAGUACAAUUUUGAUGGUUCGUCUUCUUUGGGGAAUGUGGGAGUCUUGGAGAUGGCAUGUUAUGUUCUUGACGGCUUUUGGGAGUGGGCAGAGAAGGUGUUGACACAUUGUCCAAAUGUUAGGAAGUUGAUUAUCCGUAUGAUUAUCGAAAAAUACAAAAAAUUAUUGCCUCCUCCGCACUUUGCCACUGCCACCACAGCAAGGAAUGAAAGGUUGAGGAAGUAUCACUGUGUGGAUUUAGCUAAGCGAACCUCAUUGGUGGCUGAAAUGAUGAGAAAGUAUCAACAUCUACAAGUGGAGUUUUCCUAUGUGUAUCGGUGUGAUUUUCAGGCAUGAAGACUCUUGUGGGUUAUAUAACCAACCCUUCAAAGCUUAGACGUACCGUUGCAAACAACAAUCUCAGUUUCCUUCAUCUUGUUCAGGUAUGAAGACUCGUGUGGGUUAUAACAAAUCCUUCUUGGGCAUGGAGCUUCUAUGCGACAUUCUGAACAACUUUGAAUCUCAUUAAAAAAACUCUUGGUCUUUUA